AUGAAUUUAUUUUUAAAGAGACUUCAUAGUACCAAUGCUAAUACUAUUCAAUGGAAUAAAACAAUUCGAAAUCAUCAAAUAAAUAGAAAUUAUCAACACGCUUUAAAAUUAUUUGAAAUAGGUAUUGAAAAAAAAACUUUUCAGCCGAAUUCUAUUACUUAUUUAACAAUGCUUGAUAUCUGCAAAGAAGUAAAAUCUUUGUCGACUUUACGUACGAUUCAUCAAUUAAUUGAUUCGUCAAAAAAUAUUCAUAGUGAUGGUAAGGAAAUUUAUAAUAAUCCUCGUAUACGAUCAUUAUUAAUGGAUGCUUAUAUAAAAUGCCAUGAUCUUGAUAGUGCUUAUCGUGUAUUUGAAUCUAUGAAAGAACGUAACGUUAUUGAUUAUUGCGGUUUAAUGACUGGUUUCAAUAAUCAAGGACAACAUGAAAAAACAUAUGAACUUUCAAAAAAAAUUCCACCAUCAAUCAAAUUUUCAUCACCAAUUCUUUGUACACUUAUAUUACAAGCAUGCACUGAGUUAAAUCAAUAUGAUGAUGGUUAUCAAAUUCAUCAAAAUGGAAAAAGUUUUCUUCCAGGUAGCAAAAUGCUUAUGAAUGAACUACUUAAUUUUUAUUUAAAAUUCAAUCACGAGAAACAAGCAUUAGAUAUGUUUGAACAGAAUUCAAAUCAGCGAACAAUAAUCGAUUAUAGUUUAUUAAUGAAAUAUUAUAAUCAUCAAUAUCAACCACAAAAAACAAUUGAUUUAUAUUAUCAGUUGAGAAAUAAUUCACAAAUUUGUCCGGAUCAUAUUACUUAUGUACUUGUUUUACAAGCAAUAGCUAAUGGAUGUUGCGUACAUACAAGUGAAAAAAUUUAUGAUCAUAUUAAGAAAUUUGGAACGAAUAUUGAUGUUGAUAAUGCACUCAUCAACAUGUACGGUAAAUUAGGUAAUUUGGAUCAAGCUGAAAAAAUUUUUCAUUCAAUGUCUAAACGUAAUAUUGUUUCUUACAAUACAUUACUGAGUCUCUAUGGUCUUUAUCGUGAAUCUGAUAAGGCAUUAAACUGUUACAAUCAAAUGAUUCAGCAAAGUCAUCGACCUGACGAUAAGACAUACGUAGCACUUCUGCAUACACUCAGUCACACGCCAAACAAAAUCAAUGUUAUCAAGCGAAUAUUUAGUACUAUUGAAGAAAAUAAACGUGGACCCAUGUUAACGGCAGCAAUGAUUGCUGCAUUAGCUCGAGCACAGUUGUUCGAUGAACUAAAUGAUUUAAUAAAAAAGGUGCCUAAAGAAAAUAUUCUAUUCUACGCAAUCAAAGCAAAUAUCAAUAAAGCAAUGAAUAAAUAUGAUUAUCCAAUGUUAAUAACAAACGAACAAUUAGCAUUAUAUGAUUUAUUGAUGAACAAUAUGUAUACUCAUGCUGGUAUAAAUGAUAGAAUGACGACAAUCGAUGAAAUGUUAUAUAAAAAUGAAAAAUUAAAAAGUAUUUUAUCCAAUUCGUGGUUUGAAAAAUUAAAUGGGAAAAUCGAAUAUUUCAAAAGUACAAAUUCUAAAUUAGAAAAUUGUGAACAUACAGAAAAAUUGGCCAUCAUGAGUGCACUCGAAGAGCAACAAACUUCAUCAUUACCAGUCGUAAUAGGAAAAAAUCAUCGUAUAUGCCAUGAAUGUCACGAAUACUUCAAAACAGUUUGUUUCACCUCUACUUCUAAAAAACGUAUUUACUUACGUGAUUCAAAUUGUUUUCAUUUAUUUUCAAAUGGUAAAUGUUCUUGUGAAGUUUUUUCUUGA